AUGAUAGACGAGAAACUAUCCUUCCGCGAACACCUCGAUAGUGCAUGUAGGAAAGCCAGCAAGACGGUAUCUAGCCUAUCAAGGAUCAUGACCAACAUGAUGGGACCACGAACCAAAAAAAGAAGAGUUCUUCUGGAAGCAGUCCAUUUAGUACUGCUUUAUAGAGCAGAGAUAUGGGCAGACAUACUCAAGCAGAAGACCUACUGGCGGAAAAUGACAGCAGUGCAGCGGCGAGCUGCUCUCAGGGUUGCCUGCUCCUACCACAUGGUUUCCGAAGCGGCUGUAUUUGUUAUUGUGGGAGCUGCACCCAUCGACCUACUAGCGUUCGAGAGAGCAAAACUCUAUGACGCUAAAACCAGUGGCGUAAACAUGAAGGAGGCAAGAGCGAGGAUAAAGGCGGAAACGCAGCAAGAGUGGCAGGACCGAUGGAAAUCAGGGGAGACGGGUUGA